UUUAGUCUCUACCUAACCGGCAAGGUGCUUGAGUUGACAAUCGAUAUUUAUCACAUAAAUGAUCGGUGUUUGUACAGUUUUUAGUCGACAGACAUUCUCCCGCUGUUCUGCAAUUACUUCAAUAUAUUUCUCUAAAAUGGCCACUGAAGCUAAACGAGCCAAGUUGUCUGAUGCAGAGAGACAGGAUUUGUUGUCUCCCCUGAAGGGUGUUGGUUGGAGCAUGGUGGAAGGGAGAGAUGCCAUCUACAAAGAAUUUCUAUUUAAAGAUUUCAAUGAGGCGUUUGGAUUUAUGACCAGAGUAGCACUGUUAGCUGACAAGAUGGACCAUCACCCAGAGUGGUUCAAUGUCUACAACAAGGUCCAGGUGACACUCAGUACACAUGAUGUAGGUGGUCUGUCCUCACGGGAUGUGAAACUGGCCAACUUCAUGGAGAAGGCUGCAGGCAAAUAGACCUGUCUGAUGUAGACCAAACCGCUGUGGGCUGUUACACUACAGGGGAUGUACAUGAUGUUAAGAGAAAUCAUCAAAAGUGAUCAUAUUUUCCCUCAGGGCCAUAAUCUUACAAGGGGCACCACAAACUGAUUUGUCUGACGGACAUUUGUCCACCUACAUAAUCUUACAAGGGGUACCACAAACUGAUUUGUCUAACGGACUUUUGUCCACCUACAUAAUCUUACAAGGGGUACCACAAACUGAUUUGUCUAACGGACUUUUGUCCACCUACAUAAUCUUACAAGGGGAACCACAAACUGAUUUGUCUGACGGACAUUUGUUCACCUACAUAAUCUUACAAGGGGCACCACAAACUGAUUUGUCUGUCGGACAUUUGUCCACCUACAUAAUCUUACAAGGGGUACCACAAACUGAUUUGUCUAACGGACUUUUGUCCACCUACAUAAUCUUACAAGGGGCAACACAAACUGAUUUGGUUGACGGACAUUUGUCCACCUACAUAAUCUUUCCAGGCCGUGGCCCAUCUACGGUACCAGUAUUCAUCUUGGGUAUCAGAGCAGUAUGCAGAGGUAUACAUUUGUAGAAAGGUUAUAACAGGGUUUAUACCACUAAUAGUCAUAAAAUAGGUAUGAGGGUUUUUUUUUGGCUUCUAUUUCUCUUCAGAUUUAUGUAUGAUACUGGGAAACUAUUUGGCAAAAUUGCAAAAAAAUAAAAUUUAUUUAAAAAAAAGCCAGUUUCUAACUUGUGUUUAACUUUUGAUACCCUGCUAUACGCUAAUGAAUCAUGAUCUCAUGAUCAUCUUAUGAGCUGUUAUGGUGGAACAGAAUUGUUUUCUAGAUUCCAGCUUUAUUUCGGUCAUCGUGUACAUGUUCGGAGGUUUCUGGCCCACGGUGGUGUGGUGUUUCCUUCCUGCCUUAGAUAGACAUUGUAACGUGUAUCUACGGUUAUAGUACUCUCUACAUUCCAAUAUUUACGGAAGAUGACUUACUAAACAUCGGAUCCCUGUGUUAACGUUAUUAGUGUGGUUUUAAUAUUGUGUACAUUAAUAUAUAUUUGACAGAAUCGGUUAUUUAUCAGAGUUUUAUUAUGGUGAUGUUUUUUGGUUUCUUUAUAUUCCCUCUGACAUACAGCUUAUGACACAAAAUAAGAUUUUUUUUAAACUUUUGUAGAAAUUAUAUCUUACAUUGAUCUGCAAUGCACAACAAUGUAACAAUAUAAUAAAAAAAUGAUUAUAGAUGAAAAAUUAAUGUCAUUUUCAUCACACAGAAUGUACUAUUGCUAGUAGUGUACAUGAGUAUAAGAUUAUCAAAGCCGUAUGAAGUGAAAUUGUGUGAAAUUAUAAAUUUUGAGUAUGUGUCUGUUUUAAUUGUAUAUCAGAUCAGGAAUAACUUGUGUUCAUAUAGCGAAUGAGCAGGUACUUGUAUUUAACCAGUAUAUCAAUACCCAUUAUAUUUGUUUUAUUGUUUUUAGUGGAUUUCACUUAUAAUGUUAUGUUGCGUAAUGUUGCAUAAUAUCAUAAUUUUGUUUAAAAGUAAAACCCUAUUAAUCUUGACAUAUUAAUGUAACCUACUUUUUUUUAUGUCAUAUUAUGUGACAUAAACAACUCUUUAUAACAUGGUUUAUUAUCAUUUGUCUAUUAGAACACAAAAUAAAAUGUCAUUAAAAUUUAAACUUUCAAAAACAUUUCUUUUUCUACAAUGAUGAUGUUUUUCAUCUUGAUGAGGUGUAAAAAACUGUAGACUUAACCAAAAAUAUGACCAAUGACCUAGAUUUGUUAUAUGAUGUGAUAUAAAUUCUAAUUAUUAAAAUGUUACAUAUCCUCAUGGCUAUACACUUUAAAAUUAUAUUAGAAGUGAUAUAGUUUCAGAGAAAAGCAGUGUUUCUGUUAACGACACACUUCUGUUUAUAUCAUAUCAUCCUCUGACACAUGACAAUAAGGGGAAUGCACUAAGUCUAUAUCGUUUCACCUUUAAUAGAUUAAGUAUCCAUACAUAUGAGUAUGCUUUGCUUUCAAAACCUAUGUAAUACUAGGUAAAUCAUAUUCAUAUGUGAAUGUUUUGACACCAAAUAUGUUCACAAAAAAUAACAUUGAUGGUUGUGAUAUAAUCUCAAAUGUCAUAAUUAUAUACCUGUCAUUGUAUAAUGACUCUGAAAUUAAUUAAGUUUAAUAAUAUAAACUGUGCCAAAAAGUUACCAUCAUAGCUGAUACUGCCCAAAAAGUGCUGCCUUAACAUGGAUAUAUAAUUUGAUAUUUAGAUUUUUUUUUAUCUUUUUGAAUUUUUGUGUGAAAACUAGUCUCAUCUUUUAUAUACAUUGUAACAUUGUAUACCUGGUAGUAUUAUUUUUGUUAGAAAUGUUUUUUGUAGUAGCUUUGAUUUAUUAUAUUUUCUUAUAAAUAUACACAAAACACUGGACCCAUUUUGUAAAAUGUUCAAUCUCUAGAAAAUUCCUACAAAAUUAAAUAUUCAUUUGAAAAGAUAAUAUAUGAAGGACGACCGAUUUUUAAUGAAAAAUAAUUAAAGUCUAUUCUUUAAAACUUAAAAGUUAUACAUGUAUGUAUACUACUUCCACUGAAGAUGCAUUACAUUAGUAAACAGAAAUAUCCUCAAUUAUGUUGAAGUAUUUGAGAACAUUGAAGACUGCUGUAUUGUUGAGAAGUCAUUAUACUUACUGGUGUAUGUUAUGUAGAAUGUAAACCAAGUGUGUGGUGGAAUAAAAUGGUAAAAAAGUG